AUGGCUGAAAAUUUAGACAGAAAUGAUUUGAAUGGUGAUGAUGUUUUAUUUGAUCGAGAGAAUAAGGUUUUGGGUUUUGAUUCUUCAACAAUGUCCAAUGUUAAUGUUGGUGUUUCUUGUUCUGAAACCCUAAUCAGUGAUGUUGGAGGAACCGAUGGUUCAAUGGACCUGGUUGGGUUUCACAUGAACUCAGGGUGUGAUGUUAUCGUUAAUGUCCGUGAAAAAGAGGGUUUUUGUCAAGAAAAAGUGAAUGGUUUGGAGGAUGGAGGAAUGUUUGGUGUUGUUGAUGGUAGGUUUGAUGAGAAAGUAGAAAAAUUUUCACGUGCGUUGGUGGAGAAUGAAGAUGAGAAGAGUGUGAUUCAAUGUUCUGGUGGAGGUGAAGAGUUUAAUAAAGGUUUGGUUUUUGGAUUGAAUGAUGGUGUUCAGAUUGAACAAGAAUGUGAGAAUGUGGAGAAGGCUGCAUUGAGUAACGAGGUUCAAGAAGCUGAGGAUGGGGUUGAAAACAUGGAUGUCGAUGCACAAGAGUCUUUGGAUAUGAAUGUUUCGGUUUCGAGAAAGGCCUUUCUGUGUGAUGGACAAGUAAAUGUGAUUCAGAAUUAUAUCAAAGGCAUCGAUAACUCUGGUGAAGCCAACUCGGAGGAUAAUCGAUAUGACUGUAGUGGUUUAGAUCUUGUUGUGGAUCUUAAUUCUUGUAGAAACACUCAGGAGGAUAAUGUGGCAAGUGAUUCGGUGUUUUCCGAUGUUAUCUAUCGUGUAUCUGAUUUGGUAUGGGGAAAGGUUAGGGGCCAUCCUUGGUGGCCUGGUCAGAUCUAUGAUCCUUCCGUUGCAUCUGAGAUGGCAAAGAGGCACCGAAAGGAAAACUGUUACCUGAUAGCAUAUUUCGGAGAUCAAACAUUUGCUUGGGUUGAUGCAUCAAUGAUAAAGCCAUUUCAUAAAUAUUUCUCCGAAUUUGAGAAACAGAGCGAUAUGGAAAUUUUCCGCCAUGCUGUUGAUUGUGCUGUAGUGGAAGUUUCGAGACGUGUUGAGGUUGGCCUGUGUUGUCCUUGUGUUCCUGAAGAAGUAUUCUCUAAGCUGAAAACAGAAGUAAUUGCUAAUGCUGAAACCCUUGAUCAAUCAGGUAGAGGAAAUGAUGGGGACAGGUUUAUAGGUGCAGCAUCGUUUGAACCGGCGGAAUGUGUUGGUAUUGUUAAAUCAUUAGCUCAGUCACCACUUACUGAGUUUGAUAGACUGGAUUUUGCAAGUGUUAGUGCCCAAGUGUCGGCUUUUAAGCGUUCAAAAGGCUAUUCAAAACCGCCUGAGUUUGCCGUGCUUGGUCUGUUGUUUGAGAAUGAUACGGAAACUCUACCGCUAAGAGAGAAAGAGCAGUUUGAUCAAGUUAAUGAACCAGUUUUGAAACCCGAUCAAGGCAUUUUGCAGAACUCCGAAUCUACUUCAUGGCGUGUAAGGAAACCAAAGGCAGCUUACAAUAGUUCUGAUUAUUGGUUCGAGGGUUGCCAAAUUGCUGGCAAUGGUUCAACUUCACAGCGUGGCAGAAAACGGAAGUUAAUAGCUUGGGAUAAUUCUGGCUAUUGUUUCGAGAAUUUCCAAAUUGCUGGUAAUAGUUCAACUUCACAGCGUGGCAGAAAACAGAAGUUAAUAGCUUGCAAUAGUUCGGACCGUUGUUUCAAUAAUUCUGAAACUGGAAUCCCCACCCAAUUACAGAAUGUAUGCCCAGAUGAUUUGUGGUCUCAACUAUGCUCGGUUGCCAAAGAUCCUAUAAGAGAAAGUUGCUACAGUGAGAUGAUAUAUUACUUUGCAGAAUUUGGAAAAUUCAGUGGCCGGAACAAUGCCGCUUUCUUUCAUGAGGGAUUGUCUUUAGAACAAGAGCAAGAUAGUGAGACUGGAGUAAUGGCUUCUGUAGAAGCUGCUGCUGCUGCUACAGCUUCUAUGUCUACACCGAUGGAGCUUUGCAAUGAUUCUUAUUGGACUGAUAGAAUAAUACAAAGCACUCUUGAAGAGGAGACACUCUUAAAAAAACAAGAUGAAAGAGAGAAACUUUUGGAGGCUGCAGAAAUUAGCCAUGAUUCGAGUUUAAUGCAUCAAGAUAGUAAUGUAAAUCUCGGAUCAGAUCCCUCCAACAAUGUGGAACAUGAUACUACUGAUGUAAAUCUCGGAUCAGACCCCUCCAACAAUGUGCAACAUGAUACUACUGAUGUGAAUCUCAGAUCAGAACCUUCCAACAAUGUGGAUCAUGAUACCGAUGUACAUCUGAUAUCAGAAACUUUCAACAAUGUGGAACAUGUGAACGAGAGUUCUCCAACUGCUCUUAAUCUGACAUCAGAACCUUCCAACAAUGUGGAUCAUGAUACGGAUGUAAAUCUCGUAUCAGAACCUUCGAACAACGUGGAACAAGUGAAAGAGAGUUCUCCAACUGCUCUUACUCUGAAGUUUACAAAUUUUGAGUCGGUUCCUUCAACAACCGAUCUGAACCAGAUCUUUGCCAGCUACGGGCCUCUAAUUGAGUCUAAGACAGUGCUGCUACAGAAAACUAACUGCGCUAGAGUUGUUUUCAAAAGGCGCAUUGAUGCAGAAAGUGCUUUUAGCAGUUCUGGAAAGUAUAGCAUAUUUGGACCUUCGUUAAAGAGUUACCGCCUCAAGAUUUUGCCUCCUAUGCCAGAGAAAGUCACAAGAAAGCGAGGCAGGAAAAGCAAAAAAGACAAAAGUUCUGUGGAGGCCGCAGCAGUUUGA